GGUAGUAGGAGUUGGGGAGCAGAGGCAGGCUAGCAGGCCAGCAGGCUGGAGGUCCGCCCGGGGCAGACCCUCUCACUCAAUGGGGAGAGCUAAAUCGGGGAUGGAAGAUGACGGACCGAUAGCCGACGCCUUCAGGAUGCCGAGUUUUAUUAUUAGCAACAUUGACGAAGGGAGGGUGAAGCUGUCCCGCAACCUGCUGGCGGAAAGUUCUUUAGCCGACGGUAAAGUUGGCGACACAAACCGGGGUGUCAUCCGAUCCAACUCGCUUGACGAAGGCGACAGGAACUCCCGGGAGAGGAGCGGCGAGGAGGAGGAGAGGGAUGCAGAAGGCAACAACAACAACAACUGCAACGGCGGAGGAGGAAGAAGAGCGAGGCGGAGGGCGAGCGCUGUCGACAUUCUGAGGAGAAAUUUCGGGGAUUCGAAGUCCCCGUCUCUCCGCUUGAGCACAAGGAGUCGGAUGCCGAGCGGAGCCGAACAUGGAACCGACGAAGAGAACGGCAGAAACGAGCUUAAAGACGGAUAUGGAGCAGAGUGCGACGAGUGCCGAAAGUCGUACGUGGAAACGGGAGGAACGGGGGCUAAAAACGAGCASACCCCGAGUGAGUUAACGACUUUUAACGGUCCAGGAGUAGAAAACCUGACUGUUACAGAUGAGUGCCAACAUAUAUGUGACAGUGAAGGCAACACGACCACUUUAGGUAAGCCUGUCAGCGCCAAAGAACACGUCUACUGCACUGUUUACUGCAUCGCCAACGACGCUCAUCGAGCGGACGCUGAAAUCACGGACGCGGUGGCUACAUCCGACGGGACGGAAAAUGUCUCCGAGACGGGACAGGUGGUGGGUCCUAGUUCCGACCUGGAGCUGUACUCGCUAGACGACGUGGCUGAUUUGAUGGGGGAUGUCACCCAGCGUCAACACCGGGACCAGGCCGACUCUGGGAGCGACGAGGCGGAGUGCUGCCAGGUGUGCCUGGAGGAGAAGCUCAYYUCGCGGCUGCCCUGCUGCAGAAGGGCCGUGUGUGCCGGCUGUCUGAAACUCUACGUCAGCUCCCAGGUGAAGGUGGGCAAAGCCGUCAUCAGCUGUCCAAACUGGACAUGUCACGGGACCCUGGAGGAGGGGUUGGUGGUUUCAAAUCUGACCAGCGAGGAGGUGGCAAAGUACCGCUACUUUGUGGAGCUAAGCCAGUUGGAUGCCAGCACCAAGCCCUGCCCCCAGUGCAACCACUUCACCUCCCUGAAGACGCACAACCCRAACCGCUCCGAGCACAAGUACAAGAUCCAGUGUAGCAAUUGCCAGUUUGUGUGGUGCUUUAAAUGCCACGCGCCGUGGCACGACGGACUGAAGUGCCGCGACUACAGGAAAGCAGACAAGCAGCUUCGGAGCUGGGCGAGCGUCAUCGAGCAUGGGCAGAGGAAUGCCCAGAAAUGUCCGCAAUGCAAGAUCCAUAUUCAGCGCUCAGAGGGCUGCGAUCACAUGACGUGCACGCAGUGUAACACAAACUUCUGCUACCGCUGUGGAGAUCGCUACAGACACCUGAGGUUCUUCGGAGACCACACGUCCAACCUCAGUGUGUUUGGCUGCAAGUAUCGUUACCUCCCUGACAAGCCUCACCUUAGAAGGCUGGUCCGGGGAUCYGUCUGUGCCUCGAAGGUGCUGAUAGCUCCGGUGGUGCUGGUGCUGGUGGUAGUGCUCGGAGCUCUCGCGCUGGUGAUAGGUUUGUUUGCUUUUCCCAUCUACUACGUGUGUAAGAGGAGGAAGAAGCAGCAGUACACCCGAGGCUCCGGACGCUGGAUCUGACCUCCUCUAACCCUCAGGCCAUGCUUACUCGGCUCAACAAGACGACGCCCACGCCUCCUCAGGGAUGGACAGUCCGGCCCGAGACACGAGAAGACUAUUAAAACGAACGCUGGCGAACUUGGUGAACAUUUAAAAAAAAAACAAGUCAGGAAACUAACGCAGAGCGAGGCCUUUCGUCGACGCACAUCGUCAGAUGUCAUUUAUUUAUACUGCAUGAGACUGCUGUAGGAAACGGACCGCUUUAUGGGGAAGCUGGACGUUGAAACGUGGAAAAAAAAGAAACAACUCUAACUUAUUGAAUUCAUCUGUGAGGCUACAGCUGUCUUGAGCGACGCUCGUUGCUUAAGAAGGAUUUUAUGAAGUGUCUAAAUUUCACCCGUCAGGUAAAGCACACUCUCCUACUAGCCAACACUUUGCCAUAGACUUUUUUAUUUUGCUCCUGUGUUUUAGAUUUAAUAACAGAAUGUUGUUUCGUUGGGGUUUUAGAUUGUGUCUGCGUCACUGGAGAAAUGCUGAGGCAGGAGGCUUUAAGAGUCUCCAAUAAAUCAAAGUUACAAAAGGCGCCAAAAUGAGACAUUAGAGUACAUAUUGUUUGUGCUAAAAAAAAGAACAAAAACAAAGAUGUUGGGUAGUGUUUGAUUCUUGUUUAUCUUUCACCAGCUGAGACUCAAACCUUGUUGAAAAUUUUCCAGUGAAACUUGAGUCCUCGGGGGGGGGGGUAACGUAUAUGAAAGGACGCGUGACACUCGAGAUGAACGUGGAUCUCAAAUUUUCGCUAGAAGGUUUGAAAACUGGGUGUGUGCCGGACCGUGAGGGUAACACGUGGUUUCAAAGACAAAAACACACACAAGCACGGAGACUGAACCUGACGGAACUUUCUAAAACUCUUGUUUCUUGUUUGGAUUCUGCCUCAGUUGGUCUCCAGUGUACCUGUCUACCUCUGUGUGGUCUUCUUUGUUGUUUUUUUAUGUUCUGUUCACAUAUUGUGUCACCAAAUGAAAGAAAACAACUGUGCCAAAACAAAAUGCUAACUGUGUCAGGACAUGGAUCUAAUCCUGUACCUUUUUAGUAUUUUCUCACUUUUCCUUUUGGAUUUUAGCAUUUCACACUGUUUUGGUCUUUGUUACGCUCAUCUAGUCUAGGUCAACUUGAGAUGAGAAUUAUGAAUUAGAUUGUGGAGAAUAUUUCUCAAAAGUGCAGAGAAUUAGUGACAAAAUGUUACUUUUUAUAGCUUUAUUGGUUUGCAGUGCACUGAAUAUGUGGCUGUAAAUAGGCCUGUCACGAUAACAAAUUUUGCUGGGCGAUUAAUUGUCUCAAAAUUUAUUGCGAUAAACGAUAAUAUCGUUUGGAGACCAUUUUAAACUAAUAUAACAAUGCCAUCCAUCCCCCCCAACCACCACCACUUAUUACAAAGCUUUUGGAAGUUUACGAAAUUUAGGUGCGGGAAAAUAAAGUUAAGAACUGACCUGGAGCGGAGAUUGGAAAAGCCAUGCCGCUCCUCCUCUAAACAAACCGGUGCAAUGUAUUCUGAAAACAACACAACUGCUGAAGCUGUACUUCCUUUAUCCAUCCAUUAUCUUUUUUACCUGCUUCACUGGUGCUCAUGUCCAGCAGUCACAGUGCGAGGGGCGGGGUACACCCUGGACAGGUCGCAAGUCCAUCAGACGAUGGAGCAUUCAUGCUCUCACCUAGGGACAAUUUAGAGUUACCAGUUAGCCCAACGGUCAUGUUUUUGGUCUGUGGGAGGAAACCGGAGAGCCCGGAGGAAUCCCACGCAUGCACAGAGAGAACAUGCAAACUCUACCCAGAGAGGUCCCUGGCUGGGAUUCGGUCCGACAACCUUUAUGCCGAAAGACUCAAYUAAGGUGAUCGGAUUUUGUGUUUUUUUUUUUUUUAAGAUUGAACGCAGAAAGCCUUGUUUUCUUUCUGAGUUUGGAGGUUGCUUUUGUUCAAAUAUUCAAAGUGGCACACGAGGAAGAGCACAUUUGCAGCUCUGUCAGGGGGAAAAAAUGUUCAAACACUUUAAAGGUCACCGUCUGGCAGCAGUCACCUGAUUGUCCUUCUGUCAUCCUUCAUUUCUUCCUGCUUUGACUCUUUUUUUUCCUUUCUUUCCUUUCUUACUGCUUCCUGGUUGUUUUGUAACGUCAUUCGUUGGUGCUGCUCGUUGAUAUUUGACCAGACUCUGACCUCAGCAGGGAGUAGAAGUGAAAAGAAUGAGCGACUUUUCCGAGUGAGGGCCUUGACGGUCUGACCGGUUAAUAACCACCUCAUUUCCAAACCAGAAAAGCAGAAUAUUUUGUGUCGAUCCCACCGAUCUGUGACGGCAUCUGGUUUAUCGCUGUGGCGCUUCGUCACGAAUGAUUUACAGUCGAGUGGCAAACCAAAGAGGCGUGGGCCAGCGGGGUUAUUUAUCACAUGGAAGACGAUGCAGUGUCAUGUGAAAAUGAAUGGACUGACAAAGCCUUGAGGAGUGAAAAUGGAAAGUUUGGUGAACAGUGA